CGUCAAUCUGAACCAUUCAUCCUGCGACUGCAUUUAGGACAGAGGCGCCCUGUUUUGUAAUAGCUCUAACAAUCAGAUCCUACAAUCUCUACACCCUUUCCUUCCUGCCAACAUUUCUGACUUUUGACGUCCUCAAAAUGUCAACGAAGACAUGGGUAAUGCUUGAGAACAACCCCGAUGUAAUGAACCAAUUGGCAACGAAGUUGGGUCUCUCGUCUGAGCUCGAAUUCUACGACGUCUAUUCCCUGGAUGGACCAGAACAACUCGCACAUAUCCCUCGACCUGCCCUGGCUCUGCUGGUCAUCAUUCCGCUUACACCAGCUUGGGAUCGAAGUCGCAAGGCCGAAGACGCUGAGAAAGAACCCUACACUGGCUCCGGCCCUGACGAGCCGGUCAUCUGGUUCAAGCAAACCAUCGGCCACGCCUGCGGCUCGAUCGGGUUGCUCCAUAGUGUGAUCAACGGCCCGGCCGUCGACUUCAUCAAGCGUGAUUCCGAUCUCGCGGCGAUAAGAAGCCUCGCGAUACCGCUGGAUAUGACCAAACGCGCCGAAAUGCUGUACAACAGCGAGCCGUUUGAACUUGCUCACAAGUCGGUCGAGCAGGCGGGCGACAGCCAUGCGGAUCCGACUGAUGAGCGAGAUGGUGGUCAUUUUGUGAGUUUUGUCAAGGCCGGUGGGAAGCUCUGGGAGCUUGAAGGAGACAGGAAGGGUCCUCUGGAAAGGGGAAGUCUUGCUGACGACGAGGACGUUCUCAGUCCGCGGGCGCUUGACAUGGGCAUCAAGAGGAUCAUCAAGUUGAAUGCGGAUGCAGGAGGAGAGAACCUUUGCUUUAGCUGCAUUGCUUUGGCUCGAAGGCCUUAGGCUCUGGCUGGGAAUCGGCACACGCGCAUUACGGAUACUUUGCUACCCAGAUCUACAUGAGACCUGAACGGACACUCGAAUCUCUCUACGUUGUAGCGAGAGAGAAACGCGCGUGGCUGCAAGAUUCCCAGGGAGGAAAAUCGAAUCUUUGCAGUUACGCAGCAUAGGCAGUCGUGUCAUGCAGCAGUUCUGGCCGGUUAGCCUAGUGCGUCCGGGUUGUGUCUAGAUUCUCGGAGAUGGAGACCGCAAGGCUUGUGAAACUUGAGUGGUGGGAUAUCCGCAGCUUGGACGCGCGGACGAUGUGUGAGG